GUAGUGGUGGCCGAGGAGAGUCUCAGUCAUCGCAUCGUAUUCUGUUGGUCACAGGCUCACAGCGUCAGCAACAAGUCUUUACUCUUUACCGUCACCUUGUAAAAUAUCUGACUUUGUUUAGUUUUAGCCUAACAUAUAUGAUCCUUCCACUAGUUUCGUUUAUAAAUAUCAUCCACCACCUACACCAAACACCACGUACUGGCUAGAUAACUAGCAAGCGAGAAAGAUAGAGAGAAAUAUCUGAGGAGAGGAAAAAGAAGAAGAAAGAAAAAGGAAAUGGGUUCUAUCUAUGGUGAUUCACAACCACACCAUGUGGUUCUCUUUCCCUUUAUGUCCAAAGGCCACACCAUCCCACUCCUCCACCUUGCACGCUUACUCCUCCAUCGCAGCCUCACUGUCACCAUCUUCACCACCCCAGUCAAUCGUCCCUUCAUCUUUGAGUCCCUCAAUGACACCACAGUCACCCUUCUUGACCUACCAUUCUCACACAAUGUGCCUGAUAUACCUGUUGGCAUUGAGAGCACAGACAAACUGCCCUCUAUGUCCAUGUUUCCUUCAUUUGCAAACGCCGCAAAGCUCAUGCAACCCGACUUCGAACGAGCACUCGAGACUCUUCCACGUGUUAGCUUCAUGGUCUCUGAUGGGUUCCUCUGGUGGACCCUAGAGUCUGCUUCCAAGUUCAACAUCCCGAGGUUUGUAUACUAUGGUAUGAACUAUUACUCUUCUUGUAUGGGUAGAGCUGUGGCUAUUGAUAGACUUCUCUUUGGACCUGAAUCAGACGACGAGUUGAUAUCAGUUCCUCCUUUUCCAUGGAUUAAAGUUACUAGAAAUGACUUUGAGCCCCCAUUUACUAAGCCGGAGCCAAAGGGUCUACAAAUUGAGUUCCUCAUGGAAGUAGUCAUAGCAACAGCGAAGAGCCAUGGUAUUAUAUUCAACAGCUUCUAUGAGCUUGAACCUUUGUUUGCUGAUUAUUGGAACAGUGAGUGUACACCCAAGGCCUGGUCUGCGGGGCCCUUUUGCCUGGCUGAGCCACCAAAAGGUAGCACUGAACCCCACAAUAAGCCUAAAUGGGUUCAGUGGCUGGACAAGAAGCAUGACCAAGGGAGCUCAGUUCUGUAUGUAGCUUUUGGGUCUCAGGCAGAGAUUUCACCUGCACAACUCAAAAAUAUAGCAACAGGGUUGGAAGAAUCUAAAGUGAAUUUCUUGUGGGUGAUAAGAAAGAGUGAGUCAGAGAUUUCUGAUGGGUUUGAAGAGAGAGUGAAAGAUAGAGGAAUUGUAGUGAGAGAGUGGGUUGACCAAAGGGAGAUUUUGAUGCAUGAGAGUGUGCAAGGGUUUCUUAGCCACUGUGGAUGGAAUUCUGUGUUGGAGAGCAUAUGUGCUGGGGUUCCAAUCAUUGCAUGGCCUAUGAUGGCAGAGCAACCAUUGAAUGCAAGAAUGGUUGUGGAGGAGAUAAAGGUGGGACUGAGGGUUGAGACAUGUGAUGGGUCAGUGAGAGGGUUUGUGAAGUGGGAGGGGUUAGAGAAAAUGGUGAAAGAAUUAAUGGAUGGAGAGAAGGGGAAGGAGGUGAGGAAAAAGAGUAAGGAGCUGGCAGAGAUGGCCAAGAAAGCUAUGGGGGAAGGUGGAUCGUCCAAGUGCACUUUGGACUUGCUCAUUGAUGAGACAUGUGGAAAGAAGACAUGAACAGGUGUCAACUGGAUCUAAUAAAGAUUCAACUAGCACGGAAUAAUCCGUGACUUCUUAACUCCAUUUAAUAUGUGUACCAUUUUAUGUUUACCUUUUGUUUUAUUUGGAGGUACCAUUUAAAAAUAGGGAUCUCUAUAAGGUUAAAAAAAAAAAAAAAAAAGGGUCACUAUAUAUAUUUCCUCACAUUUCUCACCGUA